AUGGGAAAGGGCGAAGAGGACCCUCGUAUCUUCUCCGCGCUAGGAGAGGCAGCAGCGACCAGGAGCCCCGGCCAGCCGAGCUUGAGAUUCCACAAGGGCAAGGAUUUCCCUCUCCAUCGACCAAAUGGCUGGACUCUGUCCAUCCCGGUCUGCCGUUCGGCCGCAUAUCCGCCAGACUCUGGCCGCUCCAAAUCCCUGCAGCGAGCACGCGUAGGUAUUGCACCGUCCUGUGUCGACAACUCUAAAGAUGUCCGUGCCAUGGGGGACGACGACGGAGUCGAAGCUCCUACUCCGUACACGUACAAAGCAUACGCUUAUACUCCGAGAUUUGUCGACACAAGGACCUCCUUGAACGAGCAUAAUCCAUGGAGCUUGAGCAUUAAGCGCGUCGGCCCUUAG